GGUCUUUAAAGGGUCAAAGCAUUCCCUGUUUAUUUCACAACCAGUUCUCCGGUAUAUGUAACUCGUAGCUCAUAUAGAGAUGGUUUAUGAAGACGAUAGCGUCUAUAAAAAGUAUUCCGAAAAUGAUCUUGAAGCACAGGAGAGCAGAUUUGCUGUCUGUCCAUCGGAAGCGACGGAAGGUAAGACUCUCGCUCGCGCUAGGGGUCCCGCUCGCUCUCAUUUGAGUGACUUGGAACUUCUCAGCGGUAUGGUUGAAUGCAGCCAGAAUCAGCAGGACAAUAACUCGCAGGAUGAUAAUGUUAUUUCUUCAUCACCAACAUGUGCACCUGACUCUCGUUAUUCGUAUAAUUCUAAAGCGUUAGAAAAUUCACGAGACUCUGGUAACUCACAAAUUUUAGGAUCCAUUCACGACCGUUGCGAUCUGGAGGUCCCGAUUCACAAGUCCAAGUCUACCGAGGAAUCGGGUCUCAUAGAUGAAAGUCAGGUACCAAAAGCAACGAUAGUCAAGUCUUCGGCGGGGAAAAUGAUUGCCAGUAAUAACCCCAUUGAUGAUACCGACUCAAAAGCGUCCAAAGCAAACUCAAUCGUCGGUGAUUCAAAUUUUAAGAAGACCCAGCCGAAGUUCGUGCCUCCUGAUGGCGGGUACGGCUGGGUCGUGGCCCUAGCUUCGUGCAUGGCUAACAUGUGGAUAGUUGGGUUCCUGAGGAGCUACAGUGUGUUGUACCUCAGCAUCAUCAACCAGUUCGGCGGCACAGCCUACCGAGCUUCGUGGAUACAUGCGAUGCUCACCACCUCGGGAUUGUUGAUGAGUCCAGUGACUGGAUUGCUGUGCACAAAGUACGGUUCUCGGAAAGUCGCAAUCGGGGGAGGGAUGUUGGCCUUCGCCGGACUUUUUCUGAGUGCCUUUGCCUCCUCAAUCACCGCCUUCAUUUUCACUCUCGGCCUCUUGGCAGGUCUAGGAAUAGGAUUCAUCGUAACUCCGGGCAUCCUGAUCGUCAACUUGUAUUUUGACAAGCGCCGUACGAUCGCGUGCGCGAUAUGCAUGUCAGGGAACGCUUUUGGUGCGUUCUUCAUGCCGCCGUUGCUGGAGUAUCUCUUGAGUGCAUAUGGACUCCGAGGAACGCUUCUGAUCAGCUCGGCUCUGCAGCUUCACUGCGUUGUCGCUGCGUGCCUCUUCAGACCCACAGACGUACAGGCUCGUAUUCAAGAACAGGACCGAAAAAAUGCAAUGAGAUCAGCUCGUAGAAACUCGUCAUUACCUACGCCGGCUGGAGAUUUUGAGAAAAAACCAACGUGGUCGAAGCUAGAAGCUUAUCUCUCUUUGAAUCUUGAUACCAGGAGGAAGAGUUCAGGUUCGACCAACCAAUCAAUAAGUGAGCAGCGUGAACUUUUCACCCGGGAACUGUCAUCUUAUCGAAGUAUUCCCUUAACAAAUAGCAUUCCAAAUUUGCAAACUUUCAGAGAUUCCAUCAUCGAUCUAUCGGGAAACAGAGCAAGAUCUGAUAUCGCCUUGCAGUUGUCUGAUGUAAAAUAUGGCGUGUCUGAAAACUCUAUAGGUCAAAUGGCAAAGCCGAAGAAUAGAACACGUUCAUCCAGUGAAUGUGCGCCUUCAAAUCGAAACAUAGACCUCUUCACUUUGAAACCUCUUAUAGAAAACGAAGAUGAUUCGCCUGCAGCUGUAAUGGACAGAAAGUCUUCAGCAGUUACAAUUUCAAACGAUUUUAAACCAAUGGAAAGUAAGGAAUAUCGACAGCGCGAGAUUUCACUUCGACGGUUUGCCUGUAACAACACUUCUUUGAAACGCUAUCCGCUGCCUGUAUCUUCGACUGGUCAAAGUUCGCCGAAUGAAACUGAAGAGCUUCUGAACAAGGAAGAGAAUGUCGGGCCUAAAAUUCAUUGCACUUCAUCGGUUCUGCAUGGUCCUGUGCAAAAGGAGUUUCAACACGGUGAGGAUGAAUGUCAUAUCGGAACUUCCAGCAAUUGCAGCCAAAAUGUUGGUCAGUUGAGUCAAGCGAAUAAAGAAGGUUUUGUAUCGCGAGAGCUCAAAAUGUUCACUAAGGCUGUAAGUGAAUGUUUCGACCCGGAGGUUUUGAAGAACAGAUCAAUGAUUAUCAUGUCAAUAUGUUCAUGCCUCAUUAGCAUGGCAGCUCCUCAAGCUCUAUUCUACAUUCAUGCGUUCUACGCAUCCGUUGACAUGCGGAAGCCGGAAGUGACUGCGUUGUUGUCCAUUUCUUCUGCGGCCGAUUUUUGCGGUCGCUUCAUCAUCGGUUUUGUCGCAGACUACAGCAAUAUUAGGACGACCUUUCUGAUUUCAGCCGGCACGGCGUUAGCAGCAGCAGGCACCAUGUUCGUACCGCUGACAGCGACGCUGGCAAGUGCGGGGACAGCGAUGGGUUGCUACGGGUUCGGCGUGGGUGCCUACAUUGUGCUUCUGCCCACCCUUCUGGCCAAAACUCUGGGGGUGAAACGCCUCCCUGUCACCUACGGCUUCACCAGGCUAACUAUGGGCUUCAUGAGCCUCGUCGCCCCACAAGUCAACGGCGCACUCGUGGACGGGACCGGGAGCUACGCGCCCACGUAUUACCUCAUGGGCUCGUGUACGGCAGUGGCGGCCAUACUCUUCUUGUUCAUCCCGCCUCCUGUUACUGAGGAGCCCCACACCGCCAAAUGAUUAUAAUAUAUCGUAGAUUUUAUGCUUCCUUAAACAAUGUAUUAAUCAGUAUUACAGGCUGUAGUUUUGUAGUAAAGAUUAUUGUCUUUUAUUGAUUAAUAAUAAUAUUUUAUUAAUAUUA